AUGGCCCUGUUCCAACUGCCCCCUCAAAUAAUAACACUGCAAAUCCCACUCUUGUACCUAGUCAACGUUCUCACCCUUGCCGUUGGAUCCAGGCGUCAAUUGCUCCGUGUGAGCAUUAGUCUAUCACUUAUUGUUUUACUCGUCACGCAGUCUCUGUAUCGAGAAUGGCAUGCAGGCUGGGGAAAUCACUAUGCUAUCAACUGCGGAGUAUGGAGUUGCGUCUUCACUUAUGUUGAUUGGGUUUUACUGGGUAGUCCCGAAAAAGAAGGGUGGUACAAAAUACAGUACGGCAAGGAUGGGAAGAAUGGAGAUGAAAACAAACACAAGGACAAUGAUAAGGUGUCAAAGAAGGGUUACGAAGAUAAGCCAGGUGGUGCAGGAAGGACAUUCCUGAGCAGAAUGUGGUGGGCGCUUCGUCUCACCACAACGCCUCGCUACACAGGUUGGAGUAACCAAGUCAAGAACGUGUACAUGGAAGUACCAGCCGACUACCCCCGUCUCACCUUUGUCGCUCGCAAAACCCUGCGAGCCCUCAUCUUCUACCUCAUGAAAGACGUGAUAGUCUCCUACUCCGCCGGCUCUCCUUAUGGGUCCUGGGUCGACAUCCGCACUAUUAAGCCUUUCCAACCCUUCCCACCGUCCUCACCGUUUCUCUCCCGUUUCUGGUAUACUUGGAUUCAUAUACUCCUCACAAUGACAUCAAUGGAAAUGGCAAACUCGGCUGUCGGUGCUGUGAGUGUAGCUACGCAUUUCGCCAACCCACGGGACUGCCCUUCUCUCUUCGGCAAACUUGAAGACUUGUAUAGUGUGCGUAGUGCAUGGUCGAGGGUAUGGCAUCAGCAGUGUCGGCGCAUCUGCUCCAGUCCUGGUACCUGGCUUACCAGGGAUGUGUUGGGUUUGCGCAAGGGCUCUUUCGCGUCCAAAUAUGUCCAGCUUUUUGUGGCGUUUGGCGUAUCUGGGUGGGUUCAUGGAGCGGCGAGUAUGUUGGUGAAUCGUAAGUUUGACGAUGAUGGCGCGCUCAAGUGCUUUCUCGGACAGGCAGCGAUCAUCAUGCUGGAAGAUCACAUCAUUGACUUUGGAAAGCGGAUGGGGUUCAGGGACAGUAUCUUCUGGCGUGUGCUGGGGUUUUUGUGGAUGAUGAGCGCGAUAGGGUGGGGUAUUGAGGAGUGGUUUGUUAAGACUAUUGCGAGGGGUAUUUGGGUGCAUGACAGAGAGAGAGACUUCCUUGGUAUAGGGCCUGGGGUGGUUGCGUAG